UCGUUCCGCGACGCGUCGUCUCGUCGGCCGGCUUCCUCGCACGCCAUUCUCACCGCGUCCUUUACCCACACCGCACUCGAUCACCAGAUAUGACGGAAAGCAACGAUACCCCCGCGGCCGCUGCGCCCGAGAAGACCCCCACCGAAAAUGGGACCACUGAGACUCCACCGGAGGAAACUCCAGAGAAAGCCACCGAGGAGAAGGAAAAGGAGAAAGAGACUCCACCACCGAAGGAGAUGCGCGCCGUCGUUCUCACUGGCUUCGGCGGACUGAAGACUGUUAAAAUUCUGAAGAAGCCUGAACCCACAGUAGGAGAAGGAGAGGUCUUGAUUCGUGUUAAAGCUUGUGGCCUGAACUUCCAAGAUCUGAUCGUGCGACAGGGAGCCAUCGACUCCCCUCCUAAGACUCCAUUCAUCCUUGGAUUCGAAUGUGCUGGAGAGAUCGAGCAGGUUGCUGAGGGAGUUACCAACUUCAAGGUCGGCGACCAAGUAGUAGCCCUCCCCGAGUACAAAGCAUGGGCUGAACUCGUAGCAGUACCAGCCCAGUAUGUCUACAAGCUGCCGUCCGGCAUGAGUCCUUUGGACGCCGUUGCCGUGACCACCAACUAUGUGGUGGCAUAUCUGCUGCUUUUCGAGAUGGCCAACCUUACCCCUGGCAAGAGCCUUCUUGUACACUCUGCUGGAGGUGGUGUGGGUCAAGCUGUGGCGCAGCUGGCGAAGACAGUGUCCGACGUAACGGUGUUCGGCGUCUGCUCAAAGACCAAGCAUGAAGCACUGAAGGCUAACAACAACAACAUUGAUCACUUGCUCGAACGUGGCUCCGACUAUACCAGCGAAGUCAGGAAGAUCACUCCGGACGGCGUGGAUAUCGUGCUGGAUUGCCUCUGCGGCGAGGAAUGCAACCGUGGUUACUCGCUGCUCAAACCCAUGGGCCGAUAUAUUCUCUAUGGAUCAUCUAACAUCGUGACCGGGGAGACCAAGAGCUUCUUCAGCGCCGCGCGUGCUUGGUGGCAAGUGGACAAGGUGUCUCCGAUAAAGCUGUUCGACGAGAACAAAAGCCUGGCAGGGCUAAACCUACGGCACCUGCUGUUCCAGCAAGGUCGUGUAGACUACGUACGUCGCGCUGUCGACCAUGUCUUCGCUCUUUGGGGUGAGGGAAAGGUCAAACCUCUCGUGGAUUCUACUUGGGCACUCGAGGAUGUUGGUGAAGCAAUGCAGAAGAUGCAUGACCGCAAGAACAUUGGCAAACUUGUCCUGGACCCAUCUCUGGAGCCUAAGCCCAAACCAGCUACACCGGCCAAGGAGAAGAAAUCCGGCAAGGACAAGAAACCCGCUAAAGAGAACUCUGAGGAUAAGAAGGACAAGGAGAAUAAGGAGGAGGAGAAGAAACCAGCCGAGAACGGGGAAAAGAAUGGUGAGGAGCCGAUGAGUAACGGUAACAGCGACGAAGAGUCGAAGAAGGAGGAGAAAGAGUCUAGCUGAAUUGUUUCGCCCGAGAAGUGAAACAGACAAACCACCGCAUUGAUUAAGUUUAAGUGAGGGGGGCUGGGGCUGCCUCUGCAGCGGCCACCCGUCGCCUGCGCUUUCCACCGGCGUCGCCAACACUUUCGUUGCCUCGUGUUUAUUAUUUUUAUAAUAAGUAUAUAAAUACGAGAUUGGUCGAUCCCUGUUCUUAAAUAUCCCAUUAUAAUUGUUCAAUCUGUUUCGUUAAGAAAAGAAGGGAUGUCUAUCGAACAGCACCCCCGCACCUCGGAUCGUACAAUGUCGUAACCAUACCUUAAUUUUAAUUUUUAAUCCUCGACAAUUACAAUUUUAAUUACACCACAAUUUCUUUAGUUAGAAUCGCCCUGACUUUUGAAUCGGAAUUUGAAAUGCGACAGUGAAAUUAACAAUGAAUUUGUAUUUUUGAUUCUUUUAUUAAUAAUUUUGGCCUAGUUUAGUUAGGAAUUGUUUCUAAUCGUACGAGUCUUUUAUAGUUUAAUGUUUAGGACUUUAUUUUUAAGAUGAGAUAUUUUAAUCUGCAGUUAUUUUGAUGGCUAUUAUAUAUCUAAGGUGCAGAGAUGCUUAAUCUUUAUGUAUGUUAAGCUUUAAUAUUUUAUUAGUAAAUGUUUAAAAUUCGGCUCACAAGAUCCCGCCCGCCGCCAGCCACGACGGCCGGCUGCCGUCCGGCCGAGAUCCUCGUCGCAUCUCUACAGUCCGACACCAGACGAAUCAAACCUUACGUGUGAUAUUUUGUAGUAGAUAUGCUAGAUGUUUUUGCGGUAAUUUUAUGCUGCCUUUACAUGACCUAUUUUUAGUUGGAGCUUAAAAUGCAUUAUUUUAUAUUUUUUAUACUUAGAACUUUUGUAAAUUAUUUUCUAGUUAAGAAAAAGAUUUCACGGAAUUAUUUUGAUGCAUUCAUUGCGUGGUAAGUAGUCGACAGCACCAUGGACCGUCUGCCCGGUGCGGACGAACUUUUAGAACAAAAUUGUGAACUAUUUUUGUGGCUAACUGUAAGUUCAUGAUAUAUUAUGUAUAUCAAUAAUGUCGCAUAUGAUUGUAAGUCAUAUUUUUAUAUACCCAACUAUGUAACAAGGUCUCUUUGUAAAGCUUUUUACUUACCUUUACACACAAAUAUCACAUAUCUAAUCAUACAUAAACACUUUCAACAUAUAUUAGGGAUAAUGUUUUGAUACCAAUAUUCACUGCAUUUCUUUUGAUACGACUAGCAUUUAUAUUUAUCUACUAUUAAUUUACGUAAGGUUGUAAGUAAUGUUUUACCGCCAUGAUGUACAGUAUGGUUGUAGGUAUAUGUACCCAGUACUAUUUAACGUUUUAUCUAUGUAACACAUAUCAUGUGGAUGUAAUAUGUACUCUGAGAGGCUGAUAGUAGUCCAGCGCGCCGCGUCUCAAGAGCACACAGAUCCCUCUGUUGUCCAAAAUCCACAUGCCGCUCAACGCCUCAAUUCUGCGCCUGCGCAACGUACCUUCGCCACAACCUACUUGUUUCACAGACUGGUUAGGCUUUUUAUAAAACUUUUACCCAUUUAUUAAAACACUUUGUGCGAGUUUACGUUGCGCGCGCACGUGUCCACUAUUUACUAUUUGUAUUCAGUCAAUGGUUUUUAUAUUUAUAUCCCAAUUAGAGUAUCCCUUUGCCGUUGGUUGUAAUGUAGACAAGCACCGAAUUCAGAUUGUGUUUCAUGUGAAGUAAAUCAAGUAGCUUUUGUAUUAUUGUACUAAUGACAGGACUGUCAAUCGCUGCAAUGUUUUCGUACGGUGGCUUGGUGCUAAUCUUCGUAUUGUGCGGAUACAACUCGC